CAUGAAGCUGCUGAGAUCAGUUUGGGUUGCAUCUUGCACGCUUUUGUUAGACCCUGAUUAAUGUCUUGCAAAAUGUUUGUGUUUGACCAUCUAUGGUUUACGUGUCGUUCAAGAAAAGGAGAAAUGUAAAAUUAAGAAAUUUGGCUACCUCUUCUUUCGUUCUACAGCAUUGAUUUAUUGCUUCUCUUGUGGAAUUUUUCGGAUGUUUUAAUGUUUAAUAAAUACUAUAUGGUUUUCCCACUGAACAUCUUUAAACUCGGAUAAAAACAAAGCAUCUCGCUCCCUCAACAAUGCGAGCAUUGACAUCUAUGGUGUGGUGCCAUGGGAAUGACUACGGGCCGUAAGCAAAUGAGUUCCAUGGGCUUUGAUAAGCCUAUAGGGCUCAAUUUUCAGCCCAAUCAAUCCAUAAGAAGCCCCGUGCUGCUCAAAUUUCUGGAGAGACCCUACGUUACAUGUCAGCCCUCACAUAUUCAUUUUACCGCGCUCUCUAACUCGCUCCCGCUCGACUUCUGAAGUUGUGCGUUUCGAGAGCUCCUUUCUCUUGGUGAUCUGUUCUCUGAAUCAGGACAGUGAUUACGUCCCUGGACAGUGUUGCUCCACUCGCUUAUUUCACCGGACACCUCACGACAUUAGGAGAUGGAUACCUCAAACCCUGCAGUUUUUGUUAACGCAGAGCUGCUGCGAUUGUAUGUUGGUCGUAGGGUGCGGGCAGUGAUACAGGUUUUGCAAUCUGAUGGUGGAGUUGUUAUGGGGAAAUCUACUGAUGAGAAUCAGAUAGUUGUCAAAGGCUCUCCGCCUGCCCCCCUCUCAAAAUUUGUUGAGAUUGUUGGUAUCGCUGACAGUGAAAAAUCCAUCCGUGCGGAAGUAUGGAGCAACUUUGGUGACUCAUUUGACACGUAUACAUACAAUCAGCUGUGUCAGCUUGCAAAUGGGGAAUUUAAACACUUGUUCCUCUGAGGUACGAGGAGCUUACUUUUUUAUGCAACUAGAAAAUGCUUCCCACUCGAUGGCAGUUUAAAGUAAAGAGGCGAUAAUGAUGUAUGGUAUGGUAGCCAGGAAUCAGUUUUUGCAGUUGGACAAUCAUAAUGAUCUAUCUUGCUUGAACCCUUGCGGAUGAACCUCCUGUUUAUAUUUAAGUUUUCCUUAACCUUCGCGUAAUUGAAGUUAAUUGUGCUAUCUGUUGAAAUUUUCAAACAUGCUUCAAACAUUCAACGGUGUUUGAUUAUGGCUAUAGUAUGAUUUGCAUACUAUAGACUAUAGUAUGAUUUGCAUCCUCCA